UCUGUGAUUAGAUCUCGCGUGGCUAAAUAGGGUGCGAGUGAUCGUGUUAGUCAGUUCAAGCUGUAGUCUUCCAAAGCAGUGCUACGUGAAAAUCACUACGAAAAGACUUGCUAAAUUUACCGUUUUUACCACAAGUUGGACAUCUUUUAGUUUUCUAUGUUAAGGCUGGAGCUAUUCUGAAGCCCAUCGAUGUGAAAUCAUGGUUCCGCAAAACAGCAACGGUACACCCGACCAGUUCGGCUCACAGAUCGUGAAGCCCGACUCCGUGACCCCUUACUCGGACGCUACUCAGUGUAAGAAGUCUUCCAACCACAUCAAGCGUCCGAUGAACGCCUUUAUGGUAUGGUCGCAGAUCGAGAGAAGGAAAAUUAGUGAGGUGGCCCCAGAUAUGCACAACGCCGAGAUCAGCAAGCGCCUGGGCAAGCGAUGGAAGAUGUUAAACGACGUUGAACGCCAGCCAUUCAUCGAGGAAGCUGAGCGUCUGAGAUUACUACACAUGCAGGAAUAUCCUGACUACAAGUACAGACCAAGGAAGAAGGUGAAGCCCAACCCCAAGUCUGAGACGAGUGGGAAGGUCGUGAAAAGCACCUCCUCCGGUAAGAAAAGUGAUAGACUUAAAAGUAAGCAUCCUGGCGCUGUCCGCUCUAGUUUCACUUCAUCUAACAGCAGCGACAGCAGCGAGCUGAAUAACAAUCGACUCAAAUUGAAACUGACUAUUGAUAAGAAGUUCAAAGACAACAUUAGAGAGAGUAAGUACGUGCCCGUCUCGGCGUGUCAGCUCACACCUCCGGCCAAAGUCCCCUCCAGCCCCAGCUCCGAGCUGCCAGCCACCCCGGAGUCGACCAGUUUCUACGAAGACAUGUACGAUAGUUACGAUGUUCCCAGUCACAAUAACAACAACCUCUCGCCUCAAGAAAUGAAAGCUCAGCAGCUCCCAGUCGCGAUCAGCUCGCAACAGCAGCAAUAUCAACAACUACAGACCUCAGACGUCGCCAUGCAAAUUGACAAUGCAACAACAGGCCAGAAUACGACCCUCACAGACUUGGAUAAUCUCACGGACAUUCUUCAGGUACCAAACAACUGGCAGUAUGAGCAAGGGACCCUGCUGGAUUUGGGGAAACUUGCAGAUACUGACUUUAAUCUGGACACUUUGCCGUUGGUUUCGUCUCAUUUUGAAUUUCCCGACUACUCAACGCCAGAGGUAGCCGAGAUGAUAGACGGGGACUGGCUGGAAACCAGUCUCGGCUCCUUAGUCCCCACUAAGUGACUCGGUUCACCAUGGAAACCGCUGAUGAAGGCGCAACGUGCUCAGUGACUAUUAGGUUAGACGCUGCAGGGACUUUUCAUAAGUGACCUAGGUCACUCGUUGAUAGCGCAUCAAGUUUCUAUGGCGACCAGACAUGUAAAUAUUCUGUACAGAUCAUUCUUCAUCAUUCAUUUUGUCACCCACGUCAUCGCAUUAUUUCUUUCAUAUUCUUCAUCAUUGAACACUGACGAUUAUUUAUUCUAUGCACCACAGACUUUGAACUUUUCAUACUCUAUGAAUUAAGGACCAUUCAACGUGGAUUGCAAUAUUAUAUUUUUGUGAUUAUGAUAAGGAGAGGACAGACCUGACUGCGAUAUUAAAGCCAUAUGUAACUUUUUCUAUUCCAUAUUUGCAAUGACUUGGAAGUUCAACUUAGCAGGGCUAUGAACACAAGGAAACUAUUCACAUCGAUGUAUAUAUAUAUAGACUCGAACAAACUCAGCUUGAGUUAAUUUUGUACAGACAUUGAGAAAGAAAAGGGUCGAUUGAAAAGAGCCGGGCCGGCCAGGCGGCUUUUGUAUGUAGUUAUUCCUGUAUAUAUACAGAGGAUUAUAACGGACCAGAGUCUAUUUAGUUUUCUCAGCCAAAAAUUUUGUACGUUUCCUACAAUUUUAUAAAAGGCGGUUUCUAUAUAUAAAUAUUAAGUUUAGUUUUGCAUUCUUUCCAAACACCAUAAUUUUCGUCAUGUCGAUUUAAUAUUAAGCUUUUAUAUAAGUUUUGGAUGUUUUUAAAACCGCAUACUAUGCGUGGGUAGUUUGUAAUUACUUAUGUAUGUGAACAUACUCUUAUGUAUUUGUGUUGUAGUUCUAAGGGGAACGCCUCCCCGAUUAUAAUACUUUACACAUACCGUUUAGUAAUGUGUGUAUAAAAAUCGUAAGUUAUUAUUUCCAUCGAAAGACAUUGCAAUAUUUUGAGGGCACAGAAGGCCUUUGUGAUUUAUAGUAAUUCCUAAAUGGAUAUUUGUACACGAGAAGCCUAUAUUAUUGUAGUAAAAAAGAAUCUAAAAUUGAAAAGAA